GCCACCACACCUCCUGCUUCUCUGUCAGACUCGGACUCUGGACUCUUCAGUGAUUGGACUCUCUCCCUCUCACACAGGAGGUAUCACAAGGCGGGUUCUGAGUUCUGAGUUCUCUGUUCUCAGUUCUCACUUUGGAUUUCACACUUAUCCACAAGCGCAAUCACUCCAUUGCUACCUUUCUACUCCCAUAGCAGCAGCAAAUCGAUUAUUCCCUUCUGCUUCUGUUGGAGGCCGAGUCCCAGAAUACAAAACGGUAGAAAAAGGAGAAUGGCAAUGUCGUUGAGUUAUUGUUGGUCGGGCUUUAUUGGGGCCAAGUCCUCGUCGACUCUCCGGCUUGCGGCUCCUCCUCCUCCUCCUUCCCCCGCUACCAUCUGCACGGUCCGUCUUGUCACCUCCGCUGCUGCUUCGUCGAAGCCUGCUUCUUCCUCGACGGGGAAGCGACAGCCUAGGGGCAUCACCAAACCCAAGCCCAUUUCUCCUGCAAUGCAAGAGCUUCUCGGCGUCCCUGAGAUACCUCGCACCCAAGCUCUCAAGCAGAUUUGGGCUUACAUCAAGAAGCACAAUCUCCAGGAUCCGGAGAACAAGAAGAUCAUAGUGUGUGAUGAGAAGCUGAAGAACAUAUUUGGUGGGAGGGAGCAUGUUGGGUUUCUUGAGAUCUCUGGACUGAUAACUCCUCACUUCAUCAAGUGAAAGUCUGAUUGUUAGUCAGGAAAAAUGAAAAAAGAAGGGAAAAAAAGAGAGGUGAAAGUCAACUUCUCUGGGAGAAGACAAUCAGGAAGGAAACAGGAAACUGUUUUUGUACAUUGGAAAUUUCUGUUUAGUUGAUCAUACACUGAAAAACAUGUACCCAGUCACCCUAGUGCUUCUUCAUACAACAUUGUAGGUCUUUAGGAAGUAGAAUUGCGUGCAUUGAGCAUUGAUAUCUCAAACUUGCAUAAGGCUUGGUAGAGUUUUAUUUGUCAUCCUCUUAAGGAAACUAACUUAUGAAAUGCAACAUGCUUUGUCAUGGCGGAUUAUCUGUACAAAAUCUCUAGCUUUGGAGGAAUCAGGUUCCGUACUUUAUGUUUAUUGGCAAUUGAUUAUAAUGUAUUAGUUGUGCUUAAUAUUAUUGUUUUUUACUGA